AUGGAUAAAUACGCGUUACAGAAAUCUGUCACAGUGUCUGGUACUAGUCAGUGUCUUCACAUUGCCCACGUGUCAACAGACCGGGUCUGGAUCAGUGGUAAUAAAGGCAAUCUCAUCUUAACAAACAAGACAGGUGUUACACUAGAUCGUGUGACAGGUUUACCUGAAUAUGGUGGUGGAGUACAUACUGUGAAUAGUGAUAGUGAUGUAAUUUAUAUAGACAGUCACGGUAACAUCAUUAAACUAUCUACAGAUCACAAAGUAAAGACCACAGUGAUACCAUACACAUACCCAUGGACACCUUGGAGUGUCUACAGCUCCCCCUCCACUGGAGACCUACUGGUCGGGAUGUAUAAUACUGGUACAGUGACAGGCCAGGUACACCGUUACACUAACACUGGAGAACACAUGCAGACCAUACAGCACGACAACACAGGUCAGGGAAUGUAUAGUGAUCCUCAAUACAUCACAGAGAACCGCAAUGAAGAUGUUAUUGUGUCUGACUUUGGGCGUCACGCUGUAGUGGUGACAGACAGUAGAGGAAGACACCGCUUCACCUACACAGGUCCUACACCAGGAUCACGACUAAAUCCACACGGAAUCUGUACUGACGCGCUGUCACACAUCCUGGUGUGUGAUUAUUACACCUACACAGUACAAAUCAUUGACCAGGACGGUCUCUUUCUGACACAGAUUGAGACAGAACAACACGGGAUAUACAAACCAUGGAGCCUGAGUUAUGAUUGGGAUACACAGCUUCACUGGGUUGGAUCAGCCAUCUACAACAAAGUAAACAUUUACAGACUUAUCAAUGAAGGGGACGAUCUGACUGGUGAGUUACAUUCUUAUAUGAUUGUGUGAUUUAUCUAAUGAUAUUCUGUAUGUACAG